GUUCUGCUCCUCAUUCAGUAAAGAUGGAUUGUAAAGAGGGCCAAAAGGAAGAGCCUGAUUAUUCUCAGAUUUUAUCCACUCUACACAGUGCCUUGGCCCUGAAGGAUGCAGAACAGGCACGAAAGAAUGUGAAAGAUUUCAUGGAUACUGUAGCUGACCCAUACACCGCCCUCCUGGACUUGUUGGAAAGUUGUAACAUCUCAAAAGGAAAAGGGAAUGCUCUGGCUAAUUUAAUUGCUAAUGAAACUCAGAAAUGGUUGUUGGAACAUCCUGAAUGUCAGCUGUCUGGGUUGAGGUUAAAAAAGGUGCAGACCCGCAUUUUCCACCUGGCCACCGAAGGGCAGCUGCUAGAUCUCCUCAUCUCCAUUUAUCACCUGAAGGAUGCUGACCGUUCUUUUCUGGUGGGCCCUGUCACUCACCUUCACGAAAUGGGAAAAUAUAAAGAGGCAGCCAUUCUAGGUACCAAACUGAACCUGCAGCUAGAUCUGGACCUGGAACAAAUGUGUACCCCCUUGCUGCUAAUGGAGAGGUUUAAUCUAGUGGAGGCAUAUGUGGCCGGGUACCCAGAGCUGCAGACUAAAUUGCUCCAGAUGUUGGAUCGAUGGAGUUUAUCCAGAUUUAACCCCAGGAAACUCAGCAGAGAAUACAAGGGUCUUCCACUUGUGAAAACAGACAAACUUAACCCAAAGACUAUCACUAAGUUGGCAUUCCGGCUGCUUGACCUCUACAAGCUGGAGCCAGCUAUCUGUUCGAAUAUAAUAAACCAGCGUCAUAUGGGCACCCUUAAAUACCUCAUGCAUAAGAGAUUUGUGGAGAAAACAAUGACCGAGGAGAACUGGAGUGAUCAUGUCCAGAGCAUAGUUGCAGAUAAUGGCUGGCUCCAGGAGCAAUGCAUUGCUCUGUUAUUCCGCUAUUGUGACAGGCAGACAGCUGGACGCUGGGCUCUGAAGUUCGGAUUACCCAAAGAGAAGCUUCCUCGAGAUUUAGCAGAUAUUCUGCAGGACUUUUCUAUUCAGGAUAAGCUGUCAGAGGACGAAAAAAACACUGACAAUUCUUCACAAGUAAGGAAGAACUACUUUUACCAGCUUCCGAUUCCCAGGAGCAAAGUUCAUUUCCUCCAGAGUCACACGGCGCUGCCGCUCUGCCGAGACAUCGUCCUUCAGGAUGGACAAGUUGUGGGUGUGGACAUGGAGUGGAGACCCUCUUUUGGGGGACUUGGAAAGCCAAACGUGUCAUUGAUUCAGAUUGCAGUGAAGGGAGAGGUCUUCAUGGUGGAUUUGCUGCAGGGUGACUUUCUCCAGAGUGGUAAUGAAGAGGGAGAAGAUGGCCCACAGCUGGUCAGAUUCAUCAAAGAGCUCUUUUCCUGCCCCACAAUCACAAAACUGGGAUACGGCAUGCUCGGGGAUUUACAAAGUCUGGAUGCCACACAUUCUGCCUUUCGAGGAGUGGAAUUGCGCAAUGUGAUUGACCUCUGUGAGGUCCAUAAACAGAUUCAGUGCUGCCGAAGUCGAGUGAGGACUCCUGGUGGGCCAGUGGAUGUUCUUGAGGACAGACCUGUAGAAGAAGGCAUUCGCCAGCCAGAGAAGGGGCUGAGUUUACUGGUAAAGGAUGUGUUGGGCAAACCACUAGACAAGACUCAGCAGUUAUCAAACUGGGACAAGAGGCCGCUCCGGGAAGAUCAAGUCACCUAUGCAGCUGCUGAUGCGUAUUGCUUGUUGGAGGUGUUCGAGGUCCUGCUUAACAGCCCUGAGAAGUUUGGGUUGAAGCCAGGUUUCCAUAAGCUGCCCAAAGGCAAACCACAGUCUCAGCCAAAGGUGGACCGUACGCCUAAGAAGAAGGAGCCAGCGCCACCAAAGCAGAAACUGAAAACGUUAACGGAUGAAACAAGAAGCGAUCCCAGUAAUAAGCCUUUGUCCCCCAGAGAGUUCCUUGUCAUCUGUGACAACAUGCUGCAGGGACUGGGGCGCUACUUGCGUUGUCUGGGCGUCGAUGUCCUAAUGCUAGAUAAUGAUGAUGACCACAGAAGAGCCGCAGAGAUUGCCAGACGAGAUGGAAGAGUAAUCCUGACCUGUGGACUGCCCUACCAGACGCUCCGCUCACAAAUUGGAGAAGGAAGAUGUUUUUCUGUAGACUGCUCAGAGAAAGCACGGCAACAAGCAAUCAAGGUGCUGAAACAUUUUAAUGUUCGUGUCUCCCUAUCCGAUGUGUUCAGUCGCUGCCAGGCAUGUAACUGUGACAAGUACAUGCACAUCUCCCAGGAGCGAAUGAUGCAGUUAAUGAAAAUUUGGGAACAUCUGAAAGACUCCAAAGGGAAAGAAACCCCGACACAGUCAAAUUCUCAGAAACUUCAACCUGCCAGCCAGUUAGAAUUACCAGACAGCAACCAGGAUCUUGAAUGGAUGAAAGACUUGGGCCUGUCCCUCACCCUCCCCAGCGGAGCACAACUGCAGCUAAACGCUGUCCCUGCAGGAAUUGUAGAAAAAGUCUCCCUCUUCUUCUGCUGUAGCCAUUGUGGCAAGAUAUUCUGGGAGGGCUCUCACUUUGGUCGGGUAGUGGCCCAGUUCAAGGAGGUCCUGCAAGAUCAUGGAGAGUGUUUUUACCAGUCUACUAGUCAGGGUCUCUGAAUGGACUACGCUGGGACCAGAUCUGUCAAAUCAUUUGUAAAAUACUUGCAUUG